AUGGAUCAGCCGCCGGACGCCAAACGCAUCGAGCGCGUUGUCCUAGCAUGUGUCCAAUGCCGGACUAGACACGUCAAGUGCGGCGCUGAGCAGCCCGUGUGCAACAGAUGCAGGCGUGAUGGAAAGGAGUGCGUUUACCAAAAGUCGAGAAGAGGAGGCCUAGACAAAGCGGCUCUGGCACGGCGACGGCUACGGUUGCAGGAAGAAGCCUGUAGUGUGCACCACGGCAAAGCCGCUUCUCAGGGCAGCACCGCUUCCGAGCAGCGUUCAUCUCCAGACUUGUCCGACGCCCACUCGUCUCUGGAUGUCUUGCAAAACCAUGUGACGUUCCAAAUCGACAAAGAUCGCCUUCUGGAGCUGUACUUUGACAACUUCUGGCCUCCCUUUCCUGUUGUCCUACCGCUUAGUCGCCUACAGACUAGGCGCCUAGAGGGGAGCCAUGGCAUGACGGUGCUGCUGUCUGUCUUGCAUUGGAUCGGCUCAAUGUACGCUCCAUGGGUGCUAUCGGAUCCCUACUACGAGGCAGCUGUCAAGGCAGUUGACCCUCUGACCCUCGCACAUACUCCAUUCAACGUUCAAGCCCUGAUGAUGUUUGCCCUCGGGCAGUUCCACUGCAACCUCAAAGGCGAAGCCCGCAAGACGCUAAGCGUAGCCACUACCAUCGCAUUGGCGCUUGGUAUGAACGAAAGAGCUUUUGCUCAAGCAUAUAGUGGAGGCGACCCCGUGCUGGCAGAAUCCUGGAGGAGAACCUACUACAUGCUUUGUCUUGUGGACCAGCACUUUGCUGUUGUCACCAAUACGCCCUUUUACCCACUGCUGUCUGUGCCCAACAACGUCGAUUUGCCCUGCGAUGAUGAGUAUUAUGAAUCUGGGCAAAUCCCCCCUGUGGCAACAUGGGCCGAAUACCAGCUCCGCGAGUUUGCAGAAGUCGAGGUGGUGUACUCUUCGCUCACUAAGCAACGUCGCCAGCCCAACGCUGCUAAUUUACGUGGUACUGACUCCAACAGUCAUGAAUACAUUCAUCGCGACGUCUCUAUCUGGUCAUCAUUGCUACCAGCCUGCAAGAAAGACCCAGUCAGUCUCAAUGGCCAGGUUGAUGAGAUGAUGUUUAUGGCCCACGUGUGUGUCGCCAUCCCAUUGAGUUCUUACAGCGUCAUGUCGACAAUCCAUCGGCCAUUCUCAUCACUAGCCUACUGUCCAGGGGAGUUGUCUACGCGAGCCUUCAUGGCGCCCUCCCCUUUUACCCUUGUGCCAAAGGCUGGCCGCAACGCACACACGGCUCGCGUGCUAAAAGCCACGGAAAUCCAAACCAGACUGCUUGCAAUCCCUUGUGCUUUGGAAAAGCACAACGUGUUCGUCAUGUGUGUGACGGCACAGCUUGCUGCCGUACAGAUAGCUGCAUGCACCUUUCUGCUCGACGGCCAAGCGCUCUCCAUAGCACGAGAUCGCGUCCGUCUCAGCAUCGGCGUUUUGAAGACCAUGGGGGCGAUCUGGCCUCUGGGGAAGGAGAUGGCAAGAGAAGUUCAGGCUAUCGCGCGGUCAAGUCUGUCCAGUACCAGUACCACUAUCCAGCAGCCCGCGUGCGUGGACGUGGAUCCUCCCGCUGCCGAAGUUGAAAUACCGCGGGAUGAUUUGAUAUGCCCUGUCGAUCCUUCGGCUCAGAUUGACAUCUACGCUGGUCUUACGAUGCCUGUGGAUUGGGAGACGACGCCUUUUAGCUAUACAUGUCGGAACUCGGCCAGCUAG